AUGGAUCCCAACUACAACGGCCGGCCCUCAACGCGUCGCCGCGCCCUGGGUGACGGUACUCACCGUGCGAACGAAAACUCUUACUCUCAACGCCAGGGUGAGAAGCACAGUCACGAGCACGUGGCUCCACCUUCGAAGGCUUUACCUCACAACGAGUCGAUCGUGCCCAAUGGUACGCUUGCCGUGCGUCACGAGCAGCAGUCCACCACACCUGAGAACAAGCGUCUUUCCGCUGUGCUUGCUCACGAGGCACGCCCGCACAACCCGAAGCGCGACUCUACCAUCUCCAACGCUAGCACCAACGCGUCUAACACCAACCGGCGCCGCAAGACACACAUUGGGCCAUGGCAGUUGGGCAGGACUAUCGGCCGUGGAGGAUGCUCACGCGUGCGACUGGUCAGACACAGCAUGACAGGGCAGUUCGGUGCUGCCAAGAUCAUUUCGAAGACCACAGCAGAGAAGGUGCGCGCAUUGAGUCUUGCAAACCUCAUUAAGAGCGCGGAGCAGGACCCAACACUGCACCCUGACGGAAAGGUCAUCCCUUUUGGCCUCGAGCGCGAGAUCUGUAUUAUGAAGCUGCUGGAUCACCCGAACAUUGUUCGCCUCUACGACAUCUGGGAGAACAGAGAUGAGCUUUAUCUCAUCAUGGAGUAUGUUGAGGGUGGCGAGCUGUUCAGCUACAUCCACGAGCAAGGCGGUCUUAUCGAGAUCCACGUCGUUCACAUCUUUCGCCAGAUCAUCGCAGCCUUGAUCUACUGCCAUCGAAUCAGUAUACAUCACCGCGACCUGAAGCCCGAGAACAUCCUGCUGGACCGAGAGACAAUGACUGUCAAGUUGGUGGAUUUUGGCAUGGCGGCGCUGCAGCCAACUGGCAAGAAGCUGACAACACCGUGCGGCAGCCCUCACUAUGCUGCGCCUGAAGUCAUCAAGACUACUGCGUAUGACGGUGCGAAGGCUGACGUCUGGAGCUGCGGCGUCAUCCUCUAUGUCUUGCUCACAGGCACUCCGCCCUUCAACUACUCUGGCGACGACAGAGAUCUUAAAUAUCUAUUCAAGGCGAUUGAGAAGGGCGAAUACGUGAUGCCUGAUUCUUUGUCACACGAAGCUGCAGACUUGAUCAGGCGCAUCUUGAUUCCUGAUCCCAGGCGUCGCGUUGGACUCGAAGACAUCUGGAACCACCCUUUCUUGCGCAAGUACAGCAAGGAGUUGAACUUUGUUGGAGAUAACACUUCGGCCAGCCAUUGGACAGGACCGCUGCCAUCCAUCGCGAGCUGGGAGACACUAGAGCGAACCACGAUCAAUCGCGAGAUUCUGCGAUAUCUUCGUACGCUCUGGCACAGUGAGAAAGAGGAAGUCAUCAUCCAGCGGCUCAUGAGUCGAGAAGCGAACCAAGAAAAGUAUUUCUACUCAGCUCUCCAGAAGUACCAGCAGGACCAACUCGAGAACUACCAGCCCAGUGCUCACCACCCGAUUGCACAUUCAAACAGUGAUCACCACCACAACGUGCGCCACACGCCAACCAAGGAGGACGUCGAGCAAAUGCCGAAGCAGAAGCACAAGCGUUCUCAGUCUGGGUACUCGAUCUUGAACAACGAGCAUAUGUACUCAAAGCACAGCUUCUACGAGUCACCAGCGUCAGAAGCCAGCUACGAUCCAUUUCGUGUCUCGCGACAACCUAUUCUUCCGGAGAGGGUCACACACCAGAAUGUCACCGUUCGCCGCAGGAAUAGUGACAGUAGUCGCAAUCUGCGACCAGCUACGGCCCUGGGUCACCGUACCGGCAGUUCUCUGCGUGUCCAAGCUCUGCAGAACUCUAAGCGUGGUUCUGCUGUCUCUCGCGGCUCAUCAAAGCACACCACGCCCUCUCAACGAUCCGUGCACGCUCGCUCUGUCUCACGAUCCUCACUCUCAAGUUCACACUGGCCAAGUAGUCCUCCGGUCAUUGCUCGGGCUGGCGGCAUUGGAAGGCGAGGAGUCAGCUUCUCGCACCUCCACCGUCGAGGAUCAGCAGCUACCGCCAGUACAAGAGAGACUGGCGCUGUACCCUACACGUCAAAUCGAUCAUUUGACCGCCGUCGAGAGUCGAUUGGGUCUUAUGGAUCCUCCCUUCGAUCCAGCACCAUCCAGCCAUCGCCUGCUACUCGGACCAAGUCUAGGGCUUCCACAGGCAUCGCAGUACCUCGUCUUCGUGUGCGAAAGCCUGAGAGCCCCAGCAAAUACAUCCAGAGCGAGGCACGAAAGGUCAGCACUGAGCUUGGGAAAGUUAUGGAGGAAGCCUUCAAUCGUUCCUCUAUGAGCUCCAGCAUACGAACCACGCACACCGACGCUUACCAGGACGCUACCUUCUCCAACUACGAUACGCCACCCACGUCGUUUUCGAAUCGAGACUCGGGCGGUAGCACAAUUGCUACGCCAAACACAAAGGCAAUGCUUGCGUCUCGACCGCUUCCUCCAAUCCCAACGGAGACACCAAACACGUUUCUGCACCGAAAGCUAGUCGAGACACGAGAAGACAUCGCUCGACGACUGACCGAAGACAACGAUAACACGGAGCACUUCACCCAAGUCCUUGAGCAUCUGGAUCGCCUGAUUGUUCCGCCUGCUAACAGCAAGCGUGUGGUAUCUGCGCCUGCUAGAUCCCCAGAGCAUGUUGCACCCCUGCAUGCCAUACCGGAGGAGGUGAAGGUCGAUGGUGGAGCUGGGUUUGAAACAACCUAUAGCCCGCACUAUCGAGCUGUCACUGACCCAGUCAGGCCUCAAGCUCGUCGCGCGGUGACAGCACAGGAGACGAUCCGCAUUGUCGACCAAUCACCCAACCGUAUCGCUCCCCUCAACAUUCGCAAGCGCAGUGGCGCCAGCCUUUCCUCAAAAUACGCAAGCGAUGUGCCCAUAGCUAUUCCAUGGCCAGGGCCAAGCGCGCAAAACUCUGUUCGAUCUUACCACGAUGUGCAGAAAGACCUGCUGGCCGCACGUGUGCACACCGUGCCUCCUUCGGUAUCAGAGAAGCCGCGCGUUGUUAAGAAAAAGAAGUCUUCGUGGUUUCGCCGUAACACUGAAGAAAAGCAAAUACAAGACAAGAACGAACCCCAAGUCAAGCCUAAGAAGUCGAUCGCCUUACUGCAGAUACCUGAGGCCUGGCAAGGUCUUGAUGAUCGUAUCAAGAACGAUCCCUCUCCCAUUUUGAGCACUCACAUUGAGGCUUUUAAGCAUGGAUCGAAACAGUCUGAUGCUAGCAAUACCAGCGAGUUUCCCAUGCGCAACACAGCUUCAGCUGCUGCUAAGAGCGACAGCGGCCCACGAAAAGGUCUCCUGGGUUUCUUUGGCAAGAAGAAGGAGGAGAAGGCCAAGAGUCCCAUGGAGCUUGAUCUCAAUUCUAGCUCAUCGUCUAUCCUGUCGACCCAUGGUCUUGGGCCCGACUCAGGUGAGUCAGGGCCUCGAUCUAAUCCACCUGAAGUGCAGAUGAACUGGCUCUCUCGCUUCCUGCACAUUAAGCCAGCCACCAAGACACUUUGCUUCCAUGUCGGUCGUGGUAAAGUCCGUGGUGACCUGGUCCGCUUGCUCCGAGACUGGCAGCGCUUUGGUGUUCGCGACGUUACGUUUGACCGCACAGUAAACACCAUCAAUGCCCGUGUGGACAAAAUCAACCGUAAGUCUCCGUCUCCUGCUCAUUUCUUAUUCAGCUAUUGGAAGCUGGAGGAUUUAUGCUUCCAAGUGGAGGUGCUGGAAGUUGAGUCUGUAUUUCGAUAUCUUAAUAUCAAGCCCGUGUCAUUUGUCAUCGAGCUCUUCGUCGUUCUGGAGCAUGGGAACCGAGCCAAUCUUUGCUUGGCCCGGUUCACUCAGACCCGCGGCGCAGCGUCCAGCUUCCGAAAGGUCGUCGAUAUCAUCGAAGAUGUGUGCCGCGCAAAGUCUAUGUUGGUCGAGGAUCAAGAGAAGCAAGCAACGAUGAUGGCGGUUCUAGGCUAG